AUGAGUGAUCCAGAGAAGCACCACCACACCUCCCCAUCGCACGAGCCGACGCUCAAACGCUCCAUCGGGCUGGUCGGGAUCAUUGGUCUCGGCCUGUCCAUCGUCAACGGCUGGGUCGCCAUGUCAUCCACCAUCGUCAUCGGGUUGGGACAGGGCGGUGCGCCGCUAAUCCUCUAUGGCAUCCUGGGGACGACGGCAGUCAACGUCUUCCUGAUCCUCACGAUUGCCGAGUUGGCCAGUGCGUACCCAACGGCUGGAGGACAGUAUGUCUGGAGCGCGAUAUUGUCCCAGCUCUCCUCAUCCGCUUCAGACGGGGCCUCGGCUCCUUUGGAGCGGGAGCAGGAGCAAGGAAAGAAGCAGCCUCGCUAUCCCCUCUCCUUCAUCGUCGGCUGGGCGACCGUCUACGAAUGGAUCGUGAUCGUCACAGCCGUCGCCAUCAUUUGCUCACAGACCGUCUUCGGCCUCGUAACGACAUUCAACCCGUCGUUCCAGGUAGAAAGAUGGCAGGUCUUCCUAAUUCUCUUCCUGAUCAACACCAACGCCGCCCUCGCCAACAUCUUCUUCACACACCGCAUGAAGGGGGUAGGAACAUUCUUCCUCUUCUUCAGCACGACCGUCUACGUCGCCAUCCUAAUCACCUGUCCCGCCAGUGCGCCCACCCACCAAUCCUCGGCUUUCGUAUGGACGCACUGGCAAAACGCCAUCGGAUGGGACAACAAGUUUGUUGUCGCCGCAACCGGACUCGUCAAUCCCGGUUUCAUCUGGAGUGGCUUGGACGGGGCAGUCCAUAUCGCGGAAGACUGUCUCGAUCCGGCGCGCGUCGUUCCUCUGGCCUUGUUUUCCUCGAUUGGCAUCGGGUUCGUGACGGCGUUUUCAUUCUCCAUCGCCCUCCUGUAUUCCGUUCAGGAUAUCGAUGCUGCCGCAGCCUCGGAACUCCCCUUCCUCACCAUCAUCGUGCAGGCGACCAACUCGCGUGUCGCCGGCGCAAUCUUCAUGACAUGCUUCCUCGCCGUCGUAUCUCUCAUGACGAAUAGUAUCCAGAUGGCCUCGUCGCGCCUCAUUUGGAGCUUUGCGCGCGACAAUGCCCUCCCAUUCUCCUCCGCUCUUAGCCACGUACACCCUCGCCUCCGCGUACCCGUCCUCCCGGUUAUUGUGUCGUGGGCCGGCGUGACGGUUCUCGGGUGCUUGUAUAUCGCCUCGAGCACUGUUUACAACAGCAUCAUUUCCUGCUGCAUCAUCCUCCAGAACUUUUCGUUCGCCAUCGUCGCCGCACAGCUCCUCUACCGGAAACGGCGUUUUAACGAGAACCGAUGGCUCAAGCUCGGGUGGGUGGGGUGGGUUGCCAACAUCAUCACAAUUGUUUGGUUCACUUUCUCGACUGUUAUGUGGCUGUUCCCCCUCGAGCCGAACCCGACUGGUUCGACUAUGAAUUACUCGGUUGCUGUCCUUGGGGCCAUGGCGAUUAUCGCCACCCUCGACUGGGUGUUCUACGCGCGUAAGCACUUCCGCGGGCCGAGUGACGCGACGAUGGUGGCGCUCGAGGCCGAGUCACCACAUGGUGUUGAGAGCAAGUCCGAGGUGGAGCAUGCCGAGGCGCGGGUCAUCUGA